AUGCAGCGAUUAUUACGUCCUCUGUGUACAGCCAGACUGGCUCGACCAUCCAACUCUCGAUUCAUAUCAACGUCAACCAUUCCCCGUCUCACCGUCCCAAACCCAUCCCACGCCUCGCAAACCACCCACCUCGCCUCCGUUAACCGCUUCCUCCAAGACGAUGGCAUCCUCCACAUCCAACUCGCCUUCGCAGACGACAAAAGCAGCUAUAUUCAGGAGCUCCUCCUAAACCUGCACAAGCACCACUCCCACGGCCUCCCACUCACCCACAGCGCCGACCGCGGCUGGAUGUGGGAUAUCCGGCCCUCGCCCGACUCCUUCCAAAGUAAUAACCACCAAGCGCGGUCCGAGACAAUGGAGGAGUUCCCCUGGCAUACAGACUGUAGUUAUGAGAGCGAGCCGCCGCGGUUCUUCGCGUUGCAGGUUCUACAACCGGAUACGUGUGGCGGGGGUACGUUGUCUGUGCUGAAUGUCGAUCAUCUCCUGACGCUGCUGUCCCCGUUCGCGAGGGAGUGGCUGUUCACACCAAAUUAUCGAAUCAGGGUUCCACCUGAGUUCAUCAAGAAUCAAGGAGAAACGGACAUCGUGGGGAAUCUCCUCGCCACGAAUCCCAAUGGCAAGGCGACGCAGCUCCGGUUCCGAGAGGACAUCGUCACGCCUUUAUGUGAUGAGGCAGCGAAGGCGUUGGCAGAGCUGAAGAGCGUCCUGCUAGGUCCCGCUGCGAAACAGCAGAUUCUCAAUCUCACGCCGGACUUGAUGCCGCGCGGAUCGAUUAUCCUCAUGGAUAAUGGACGCUGGUUGCAUGCUAGGAAUGAAGUUCGGGAUCCGAAGAGACAUCUGCGGAGAGUGCGCUGGGAUGCACGACAAUUUGUGACUCCGGCUGCACAGUUGGGUCUGUAA